ACCAAGCAGCAGAGCUUCCCCGUCAUUUAUCAUCUUUCUCCAUCAUCGGCGUCACCUUCAUCCUCACCUUGAAAUCAUUCUCCUCUUUCCCCCACUCCUUUGUUUCCUUCAAUUUAAUUCUCUCAGAUCUCAUUCAGCUUGCAAUUUGUCGACAUACCUAAUUCAACAUGAGCUCUCCCUUCGAUAUCAAUGGCGGAGCUUGUGUCGCCAUGGUGGGCAAGGACUGCGUAGCAAUUGCCUGCGACCUCCGACUGGGCAUGCAGGCUUUGACCGUCUCCAACAACUUCCCCAAGAUCUUCAACUACGGCCCCUCGACUUACCUCGGUUUGACUGGCCUGGCCACGGACGUCAACACUGUCUCAGACCUCUUUCGCUACAAGGUGAACAUGUACCGACUCCGCGAAGAACGGAACAUUGCGCCGCAGACUCUGGCCAACCUGGUCAGUUCAUCGCUGUAUGAGAGACGGUUCGGACCUUUCUUCGUGAGCCCAGUCAUUGCUGGCGUGAACAGCACGACGGGUAAGCCUUUUAUUUGUGGGUUCGACAGUAUCGGAUGCAUCGAUUUCGCCAAGGAUUUCAUUGUCAGCGGUACGGCGAGCGACCAACUUUUCGGUACCUGUGAGGGUCUGUGGGAGCCAGAUCUGUCCCCUGAAGAUCUGUUCGAGACCAUUUCUCAAGCCCUCCUCAGUGCAGUUGACAGAGAUGCUCUUUCCGGUUGGGGUGCUCAAGUAUACAUCAUAGAGAAAGACAAGGUGACGAAGCGGCUACUCAAGGGAAGACAAGAUUAGAUGUUCUGUGUUUGGCACGCAUUCCGUUUAUUUUUGUUUAAUGCCAUCUCUCAAUCAUAUCCUGGUCGAAACCUACCCACUGGUUGGAAGCAGUCGCUGUUGUCUCAUAUCCGCCUUAAAUCCUACAUACCGUCGGUUGAUGGAGGAAGCAAGAGUACAGCGAUGUCUGUCCAUGUACCUCUAGCUCUGGAGCCUCGGCCCUGAUACGGACCUGAAUUAGCAAGGGCAGACAGCUACUUUACGGCCUUGAUGUCAUUUCUUC